AUGAUCAAGUCAAGGUAUCCUAAGCCUGACAUGGAGGCUUACUCCUGGCUUUUGUAUAACGAUCUAAACACAAGUCCUCCGGCGGUAGGAAUGCCUCAGUUACAGGCAAAUCUUUCAAAAAACGCCUCGAUACCGAAUGUAAAUGGAGGUGUGCUUUGGGGCGAUGAGGUCAAUAAACGAUUUUAUCUAUUCGGCGGCGAUUAUUUCGGUACUUCACCAAGUUCACCUAAUCUGUAUUCUUAUGACAUACUAUAUAAUCAAUGGGAAGAUUUCGGACCACCUAACAACGGUGUGACAAGCGUCUCGUAUGGCAUGGGAGUGGGUAUAUCUGAUCUUGGGCAGGGCUAUAUGCUUGGUGGAUGGCAGAGCAAUGCUUCGAUACCCGGAUGGAGUGGGCCUCCUAUCGCAACGAGCGGUUUGAUCAAGUAUGAUUACCAAUCAGGAACAUGGUCAAACAAUACAGGACCAGGCCCAACCGGAAGAGCUGAGGGUGUUAUGCUUUAUCUGCCGGCGAGUCGCACUGGCGUUCUUGUCUACUUUGGUGGUAUCCAGACACCAUACAAUAACCAGACUGUAGUAGCAUCACCGAUGAACCAAAUUUAUGUCUAUGACAUUCAAAGUUCUCAAUGGUACACGCAAACCGCGACUGGUGAUAUCCCUGGAGAUAGGAGGAGAUUUUGUGCAGGUGCUACCUGGGCACCUGACCAGUCAUCUUACAACAUUUAUCUAUAUGGUGGUGCAGGUUUCGGAGCUAAUGCUUCAGGAUUUGACGAUGUCUAUAUACUCAGCCUUCCGUCAUUUACAUGGAUUAAAUGGUGGGAAAAUACGCCAAAUGAUGCGAGACCACAUAACAUGUUGAGUUGCAAUGUUGUCGAUGGAGCUCAGAUGCUUAUAGUGGGUGGAUCUUUCCCACUUGACCAGUCUACAUGCGAUAGUCCGAAUUCCUGGGGUACGCAUAACCUCGACCUCAAUGAACCAGUCGCAGGGCUUCCAUGGAACACAUACCAACCGAAUCUUACAUCAUAUGCCGUACCUUCAGCCAUAUUAUCUGUUGUGGGUGGAUCUCCUACAGGUGGUGCGACGAUGCAGUCGCCCUCUGCUGGUUUCCAAAACAAUGAUUUGAGCGUUUAUUUUCGACAAAAAGCAUCCGCAGUAAAUCGUACGCCUACUAGGGCGAUUACGACCGCAACGGGAUCAUCGACAUCUAAGCAUUCUGGAAUUAAGUUAGCUUCAGCCGCUAUCGUUGGAAUUAUUGUGGGAGUCGUAGGGAUUCUUGGCAUCUUAGCUGCAUGCUUUUGCAUCCUUCGCAUUCGUAAGAGCCGUGCUCACGUACCUGAGGUUUUUGUACCAAUUGUGCCUACAUAUGCUGCCGGAAAUAUAUCCAAGAUGCAUCCACAACGACCCAAUCGUUGUUACGAUCCCCAAAAUCCUCACAUUGCGCAACAACGAGGUAAAUCGACAUACCAAGUACUGUCUUCACAUACACCUGACGCAGUCGAGUUGGCGGGGACCACUUCCAGUGGAAGAAACUAUUCAAACAUCAAUGCUGGUGGUAAUCCGAUAUAUACUCCACACGAUGAGAGUGUACCACCAUAUACCAGUAAUUGGCACCACCCAAAUUCACCUCCUCAGAACCAGAAACAUUUCAGCCCAACAUCACCACAUUCUCAACAGAACCAAUUGUCACCUGUACCAACGGAAUUAGACGCAGAAAGUACCAUAUUUUCUGCCUCUCCUACCUCUACAUACUCGACAUUAGGAAGAAUGACGUCGAAAAAAAUAACCCCAAUACACGAGACGUAUUAUUCGACUUGA